GAUAGUGAGAAUGGGGGAUUCACCGCACAGUGCGCCCUGACCGGGGGCCCCGGUAAUCUCAAAGCUCGCCUAAUCACUUUCUCUUGUACCUUUCUGAAGAAGCAGUAUGACGUUACGUCACACCAGCCCAAAAGUGCAGGCCAAGCAAAUAAGCCGCUGAGGAGCUAUUUGUAGGCAUUGCUGCCAAACCCGGGUAAGGCUGCUCACUCUUCUGCAAUCAAUGCUUUUAAACUUGUUAUUGCACUAGAAGCAGCAUGCAUUACAUUUUUUGUUCAUUCUGGAAUGGUUCUGUUUGGAGAACUUGACCUGGAUCAUUUGAUGACCGGCGGCCGGUGCGCGCAACCGCGCAAUUACUAAAUCCAGCUCAAAUAUUAACAUUCGCAGAGAAGAGAACGCGAAGGACCGUUACACGAUGACCAUUCUGCAUGUUAUAGCAGAAAGAUUGUUACUUCUUAUCAUUUUCGAUUAGAUAUCAUUUUUUCCUUCUUUCUGAAAUCAUCAUGCCGCACACUCGCAACAGGAACCCAAGUCCAAUCCCAGAGGUGACAUGGGACACGGGCUUGAAAGAGAUGAACGAGACCUGGAAGGGCGCAAUUGCUUGCUUGGGAGUCGCUGUCUUUUUUGUCAUGACAAUUGGGAUCAUUUAUUGGCAAGUUGUGGAUCAGCCCAAUAAGAACUGGAUCCUGAAGGGGAGCUUUAGUGGACUAAUUUGGGAGAGACGGACGCAAACUCUGGUCAUACAGACACUGACCGAGGACAAAACUUUUGCGGAGAUAGACGUGGAAAACGUGGGAAACACAGACAUCGAGGUUCCGUUCGUGAGGAACAUGUGCUGGCUUAACAAAACCGAGUUCUGCUACACUUGGGAUUCGGUCGCGGAGGUGAAGAUAUCUUUGGAAUCUGAGGAGGACUCGGUAACUGAGUGCUACAGUGUAACCUGGACUCCAAUUCACUGUCAUGUGGACCUGAAGGACUGCUUUUCCAUGGUGAAUAUGUCAUGGUAUGGAGGUGCCAGCGUCCGUGCACCCAACUGGCCAAUAAACAAUGCCAAUAUUUCCAUGCAACCCUUCACAGUCAGUGACUUCAGGGACAACCCUUCUGGCUUUGGAUCAGUUUUAGAACGCUACUUCCUGGGAUCCUCAGGUGUGUCAGUUCUAGUUGCCCCGAACAUCCCACUACAUGUAGGAAUGGAAAGCCAGCAGCAGUUCUGUUUGCAGACGCCCCCCAGCAUGGAGCGCAUGCCUCUGCAGUACACUGUGUGUGUGGGACACAACAUUAAAGUUGUCCAUCAAGAGUCAAUGCGACAGCUCUCCACAACCAGACGAGAGCUGCCAAACAUGGAUGUCUUACGGCUUCCUUUUUGGAAGCUUCUAGCAAAUGUGGACUCAGGGGCCAAGCUAGAGAGAGAGCUGAGGACCUUCUCAAACCGGCUGAAGCGGCAUCACCUUGGGGAGGGAAUCAUCAGCCUCGACGAACAUUCCACAACUCUCCUCGCCAACAUGGACCACAGCUACCUCAAUGGCAAGAAAAGGACGUCAAAGAGACAGACUAGGGACCUUCCUUUUGUUAAGCUUCUAAACAUUUCCAUCACCCUGUCACCGUACCUGAGUGUGGACACACAGCAGUUCCAGACCUCCAUUCAAGAAGGCAUUGAAGACUACUGGCUCAGUCUGCCCUCAGGACCACAGGGCCAACUGGUGCCUUUGUUGACUCGGUGGAAGGGAAAGUACAGUGUGAAGCUCAACAUCACAAACCCAGAAGCCACGAAUUGGUUUCUGGACAAAGUGGACAGCUUACAUAGCCAUUUGGGCAUGGAGUAUGUCAUCCUGGAAGGCGGUGAGGGAAACCCUUUUGAGGAACAGGCCCUGCGCCCCCCUCUGGAAUUGGUUGGUGAUGAAUAUAUCAGACUCCUGGCUGACCUAGCAGAGAGGAUAGGGGACAAUGCUAUUGUGACCUCAGGAACAAGGUCCAGCAACAAACCACUCUUCAUCCGCAUGAGUGCACUACAGUCAGACUGGAGUUAUUCCGGCCUCAAGGGCAUCAUUCCAUCCCUGCUGCAUCACAGUCUUCUGGGAUAUAAUUUCUUCAUUCCUGAUGCAGUAGGAGGCUCUCUCUCUGCUGAACUGGUUGGUGACGAUGAGCUCUUCGUUCGCUGGUUGGGGAUCGCAGCCUUUCUUCCUGUCAUCAGCUUCCAGACACCUCCAUGGGUCUUUGAGAAGGAAUGGGUUUUAAACCUCACCAGAUUCUACAUAGCCAAGCAUCAUGACUUCGUUGUUCCUUUGAUACUGAAAUAUGCAGACGAAUGGCAAGAUACCGGAAACCCCAUCUACAGACCACUGUGGUGGCUUAGUCCAAAUGACCCAAUCACUUUCACCAUUGAUGAUGAGUUCCUCAUUGGAGAUGAGGUUCUUGUUGCUCCGGUUACAGAAAAAGGAUCUUUACACAGAGACAUUUACCUGCCAGAGAGUGACUUUCAGUGGCAGGACACUAACAAUGCUCAAGUGUUUGACGGAGGGACGUUUUUGGAAAAUUACUCGGUCGGCCUUGGGGAUGUGCCAGUUUUUGUACAAUGGACACCCUGAGGCUUACUUACCACUUUUAUUUUUUAAAUUUUCACUUGUGCUGAUCUCAAAUUGCACUUUCCAUAAAGACCAUUAUCUGUGUCUCAAGGAAUCUUGAGAUUAGGUAGAAAUACUACAUUUGCACUUUAAAAAUCAACACAAUUUUUGUAAUCUCAUGAUUUUUAAACUCCUCUUGUUUUUCUCCACUUCUUGUUUUGCUAGUUUAUGAGAUUUAAAAAAAUCUUUUUUCUCAGAAUGCCGUUUACCUUUAAUCACUUCUUAAAGCAUCUUAAAGUUACAUUAUAUCAUGAAACCCUUCACUUUUAAACAAUCAAGUAAAAUAUAUGGAGACCAAACAAUCGAAAAAGAGAAAAAAAAUGGCUGGCGAAAUGGAUGAAGAUUAAUUAUAUCACUCAUCUCACCCAAGCAAGGUUUUUACUUGAACUUUGCUGAAUAUUUGCUGUAAUUAUAUAUUAUUUUAACUGUACCUCAAGUUCUCAUAGUGUUUUUGACGUGAUUAACAUGAACUGUGAGACAAGCACUUAUAGAGGAGACUAAAAUGAAGAGUUUUAGUGUGAAUAGCACAAUUAUUUGUCUACAGAGCAAACAUUUUGAAGAUAGUAGUAGUAGAUUAUGAGCCAAAGUCAAUCACAAUUGUAUAGCUGUACAGUCUUAGUUUUAACACAACACAAACUGUUAAUCAUAAAGGUAUUUUGAUAUUACAAAUGUUUUAAUAAUUAUUUGUUUAGCUUCUUACAACUGACCAGACUAACCAAUAUGGUAUUGGUAUCUUAAUGAAUUCAUACUGUAGGGUAUUAUCUAAAGCAGUAGCGCAAUUAGAGUUUUGUAUUUAUAUCAGUUCAGACUAAACUUGAUCAUUCAUUGCUGAUGUCUGCCUUAACUUUGAUUAUAUAAGCGGCAUUUCUACUUUUUGUGCUCAAUACCUGGUUUUAUUAACUAUACAGUAGUUGCUAAUUGCUAUGAAGUUGAUUUGCACCAUUACAAAUGAUUUGGCAUAACAUAUGUAAAAUGUCUUUUUUAAUGGCCCGAAGGCAGCAUUUGUCAUGUAAAAUUGUGGUUUACGUGAGUUUGGGCAAAUGUAUAUGCAUUUAUAUAAUAUUUUGAUUGAGGUGCUGCUACUUUCACUGAGCUUUUUGAAUAUUUCGCCUUUUUGAAUCAAGGUCCCCCCUUCGCACACACACACACAAAAUAACACUAAAUCACUAUCACCACCGUGUGAAUCUACAGUGCAGAGAAAGAACGAGAACUUGAUCAGUAUCACCUGAUACGUGUGGCCUACUGGGAAUGUCCUCUUAAUCCUCACUGUGAUUUCGAAUGUUUACUGUAUCUGCAGGUUUCUCAGGUCAAACAUAUCAAAUCCAAAAGAAAGAACAUGUCUUAUGCCCCAGCGCACUGUUGAUGUCUUAAUCUCUUGAUGCUCUUAUCAUUUGAGCAUUUACAGAAGAGACUAAUUGUGAUGAUCUUAUAUAGAGUUGUGUUUUGGAAGGUUAUUUUGCUUGAAUUUUUUUUUUAUUAUGAAAUGCUGCGUUAUGAAAAUGAUAUGCUGAAUAUGUCCCUGCUGAACAAUCAUUAAUAUAAAUAUUUUUUUAGUAAUCAGGUGCGCAAACCAAUGAGCAAUGUGCAUAUAUCAUGACUGUGCCGUUCAACUCUUCUGUUUUCAUUUAUUCUCAAAAAUAGAGAUGUCAAUCUGCAAUAAAGUUUACAUUUUGUUACUGUA